AGGUAUUCUGGUGACUUGUCUUCAACGAUGUGAAAGUGAAUUCGAAUUGGUAAUAGUUAUAAAUAGAUAAGACGAAGUCAGUCAGUCAGUCGUGAGUUGUUUGAUUCUGCAAUUUAUAGAAAUUGUUAUUAUACUAAAUAUAACAAUAUUUUCAAAAUUUACAAUUUGUUUACAAGCAUACAGCAUCUAAACUUCGCUACCAAAGUAUACUUGUGCAAUCCAGAAUGGCACCAUCUCGCCUGGAUGUUAUCAUCUUCGGGGCCACUGGGUAUACAGGAAAAGUGGCAGUGCAACAGAUACUGAAGUUAGUAAAGGAGAAACAUCUCAGCUGGGGUGUUGCUGGACGUAGUGUGACCAAGCUUAAAGAAGUGCUCACGGAAGUCUCUGAAAAAACAGGAGAGAACCUGGAGGAUGUGCCUGUGAUGGCAGCAGAUGUGUCAGAUUACAAGAGUUUGUCUGAGAUGGCUGUGAGGGCCAAGGUGGUGGUCAACUGUGUCGGACCUUACCGGUUCUAUGGCGAACCGGUUGUCAAGGCUUGCAUUGAGAACGGGGCACACCAUGUUGACGUGAGCGGUGAGCCUCAGUAUAUGGAACGGAUGCAGUUGGAGUACAAUAAGGCGGCUGAAGAGAAGGGAGUCUAUGUAGUCAGUGCUUGUGGCUUUGAUAGCAUUCCUGCAGACAUGGGACUUAUUCACUUCAUUGAACAGUUCAAAGGAGAAGUAAAUUCAGUGGAGACUUACCUUGAAACUGAUCAUGUUGGAAAAGUUGAUAGUGCAGUUUUAAACUACGGCACCUGGGAGUCUGCUGUGUACGGACUGGUACAUGCCGGUGAGCUGAGGACACUCCGACAGAAACUGUUCCCCACACGACUGCCUGCGUUGCUGCCAAAGCUUUCACCAAGGCCCAUGCUGCACAAGAACGAGGUGGUUAACAAGUGGUGUCUGCCGUUCCCCGGGUCAGACCGGCCAGUCAUGUACCGAUCCCAGCGGUUCCGGUACGAGCAGGACAAAGUGCGCCCAGUCCAAGUCCAGGCGUACAUGGCGUUCGCCAGCCUCCUGCACGCCAUCAUGGUGAUUGUCAUCGGCGGAUUGUUUACCCUCAUGACCAAGACCGCUUUCACUCGCCAAAUCCUGCUGAAUCAUCCUAAGUUCUUCUCGUUUGGCUUCGCGAGUCGUGAAGGUCCAAGUGAAAGCACCAGAACUGGAGCUCUGUUCUCCCUCACAUUCUACGGUCAGGGGUGGACCGAGCGUGCCACCGAGGGGCAGGAGCACCCUGAGCCUCCUAACAAGACCAUGUUGACCAAAGUGUCAGGACGUGACCCUGGGUACGGUUUCACCACAACAGCUCUGCUUCUGGCUGCCGUCACCAUUCUGAAGGAGAGUGACAAGAUGCCUGGCAAGGGAGGAGUAUUGCCCCCUGGGGCUGCUUUUGCCAAGACCUCACUGAUCAAGGAGCUCGCCACCCAUGGGCUGAAGUUUGAAGUCUUAAAAGAGGAAACUACGACUUCAACAGACAAAUCAUCCUAAACGUCAUUGGAGAAACACACUCUUUGUAAGACUGAGGAUUUAAGGUUGCCACAAAAUUAGUCUUGUGUCCUUUUGUGUGAUUGGACGCAAUUUGGGUAGUAGCUUUUUAUGUAUUUUUGUUAAGGACAACUAACUCUUAGCCGUGUCUUCAAUGGUUUUAUGUGAACAAAUCUCAUGUAAAUGUCAGCUUUAAGCACUAAAUAAAAUAUUCUUAAAGAUGUUAUUUUUUAGUGCACAAUUAAAGUUAUUAAUGUUAUACUCUAUUAAAAAAGAGAUUUUAUAGCUUAA